AUGGAUAAUUUCAAGGCAAUGUCUACUCAGAUGGGAUUCGGAUCUUAUGUUGAUCAAGAUGAAUCAGUUGUUUCGAUUGAUAUGACAAAGUAUCGAGGUAUGAUUGGUUCCUUACUUUAUUUAACGGCAAGCCGUCCUGAUAUUAUGUUUAGUGUGUGUCUUUGUGCUCGUUUUCAAGCAAAUCCAAAAGAAUCACAUAUCACCGUUGUUAAAAGGAUCAUCAAGUAUCUCAAGGGAACAACAAAUGUCGGCCUAUGGUAUCCUAAAGGUAGUAUUUGCAAAUUAGUUAGUUAUUCUGAUGCUGACUAUGCAGGAUGUAAAACUGAUCGAAAAAGUACUAGUGGUACAUGUCACAUCCUUGGAAAUGCAUUAGUAUCGUGGGCUUGCAAGAAACAAGCAUGUAUUGCUCUAAGCACAGCCGAAGCGGAAUACAUAGCAGCAGGUAGCUGUUGCGCUCAAAUACCUUGGCUUAAGCAACAACUUCGUGACUACAGACUCGAUCUUGGAUGCAUUCCUCUUCUUUGUGACAACAUAAGUGCGAUAAACAUUACAAAGAAUUCGGUCAUGCACUUAAGAACCAAACAUAUUGAUAUUCAACAUCAUUUUCUUCGUGAUCAUGUGCUUCAAGGAAAUGUCGAAGUCACAUUUAUGGAUACUCAUAAUCAACUUGUCGACAUCUUCACAAAACCUUUGGCGCGAGAACCGUUUUACAAAAUUCGAAGGGAACUUGGGAUUCUAGAUGAGUGUGAUAUAUAA